AGGCUGUGUUGGCUGUGUGUGCUUCCGUAACUUCUGCGGUUUUUUCGUAGAGCCGGCGUUGUCGUUUGAUUCGUCCUGUGGCUGGUGGCUAUGCUGCGUCUCCAGGAAUCGUGUUCAUAACUGUUGCGUUUAUCGUAAAGUCCCGUAAAUACGGUAACAAAUAUGGGCAAACGUUACCAUUGUGACUACUGCAAUAAGACAUUUCCCGACAGUGCGAACAACCGCAAGAAACAUCUGCAAGGCACUUUUCACACGCGGAUGAAGAGACUUCACUACGACGCAUUUCGUGACGCUGAAACUGUCUUCAAGGUCGAGUCAGUCAAGAAGCCAUGCCGGAGGUUUCAGCAAGUGGGAGAAUGUGAUUAUGGCACCGCAUGCAAGUUUUCACACCUGAGUCCUGGUGAAUUAGCCGAGUUGGCAGCGCGUGCAGAAGCUGAAAAGCAUAAUGCUAAACUACGUCUUUCUAUGCCCCUUCCUGCAGAUGUAACUGUGAUAGAGUGGACUGAUAAACACCUCAAAACUCAGGAGAAGCUUCCAGAGCCAUUUGCAUACAAAGAUAUGAUUGUCAAACAAUUUUCAUCUUUUAAUAGCAGUUCAAGCAGAUCUAUGCAAGCACCUACCCUUGAUGAUUUCUUGGCAUGUAGGCCAAACCAUUGGGGCUGAACAUUAUUUUUUGUGGACUUUUGAUGAUGUUUUGGCUGUUCCCUGACCUUGUAACCUGACCUGUGACCUUGUAAGUUCCCUGAACAUUACAAGGUCAUGAAGUUUAAGGAAGAGGCUGUCCAACUAUUUAGGCGAACUUCCAUGUACCUUCUGUGUGUAGCAGUGACAUCUGAAGAUUUAAACUUUUUUUCUACUUAAUGUUCUUGUCUCCAAAGUUUGCACCUCUGCUUUGUACACUGCCCCUGACCACCAUAUUCUCAUUUGCCAAAAUUAACCAUAUAUGUACAUUGAACAUUCAUUGAAAAUAAACAUUCCCUUGGUAACAAA